AUGGUCGUCAGGUUGGUAGCCCUUUGCAAACCCCCUGCCUCUCGUUCUACCAUCUAUUCACACAUGGUCGCCAGGUUGAAACCUCUUUGCAAACCCCCUGCCUCUCGAUCUACCAUCUAUUCACACAUAGUGACCAGGUUGGUAGCACUUUGCAAACCCCCUGCCUCUGGUUCUACCAUCUAUUCACACAUGGUCGCCAGGUUGGCAGCCCUUUGCAAACCCCCUGCCUCUGGUUCAACCAUCUAUUCACACAUAGUGACCAGUCACCAGGUUGGUAGCCCUUUGCAAACCCCCCUGCCUCUCGAUCUGCCAUCUAUUCACACAUGGUCGCCAGGUUGGCAGCCCUUUGCAAACCCACCUGCCUCUCGAUCUGCCAUCUAUUCACACAUGGCCGCAAGGUUGGUAGCUCUUUGCAAACCCCCUGUCUCUCGAUAUACCAUCUAUUCACACAUAGUGACCAGGUUGGUAACCCUUUUCAAACCCCCUGCCUCUCGAUCUGCCAUCUAUUCACACAUGGUCGACAGGUUGGUAGCCCUUUGCAAACCCCCUGCCUCUCGUUCUACCAUCUAUUCACACAUAGUUACCAAGGUUGGUAGCUCUUUGCAAACCCCUGUCUCUCGAUCUGCCAUCUAUUCACACAUAGUCACAAGGUUGGUAGCUCCUUGCAAACCCCUGCCUCUGGUUCUGCCAUCUAUUUACACAUAG